GUGGGGCGAGCCUGCCGCACCUGAGCCGCCGCAACUUUCUGUUCAUGUCGGCUGUGGGGGACAUGGAUCCUCUCAUUGAGGCCUUGGGCGGUGGUGGCGCCGCGACAGCCUCACGUAAGUGGGAUCACCUCUCACCACAUGAACUUGUCAACGAGCUGCACUCGGCUGGCAGGUGCAGUGCAGUGGUCCGCGUCACACCCGACCUCUCAGACCUGCUGCUGGGUCACUCUGCCUGGUUCACCUUUGGUGCCCUGGUGCGCAUUUACAAGCACUAUGACGUGGCUCUGCAUAGCCAGGAGCUGCCGCUGCGCCGCAUGUCCUUCUCGAGCUACCCCGGCGAGCUAUCAAGCGACGACGACUUCUACCUGUUGAGCACCGGACUGGCCGUCCUGCAGACCACCAACUCGGUGUUCAAUGCCUCCUCCUACUCCCUGCUCACCCCACAGAGCGUGUUGAGCUGGCAGCGCGCACGCAUCGCCUGCUUCACAGCCCACGACGGCCAGGCGUGGACCGACAUCAUCGCGCAGCACAACAGCGGCACAGGCAACAACCAGUGGAUGGCAAGUUUGCUGGACCGCGUGGUAGACCUCAAGCUGUUUGAGCCUGGGCGCGAGCUACCCAAGGGCCUGCUGUGGGUGGUUGAGCAGAUGCCGGGCCUGGUGGUGGCCUCUGACCACACCGACACGUUGGAGUGGGGCUACUGGCCUUCAUACAACAUCCCUUACUUUCCAGAGAUCUACCACCGCAGCGGUUACCCGGAGUUUGUGUCUGCUCAGGCCGCCCUCGCUGGAGCGUCGUACCAGCUGGCACCACGUGCGCAGAUCUUCCGCCGCGACGUGCACGCCGUGGAUGACAUGGACAGCCUCAAGGCGCUGCUACGCAGCAACAACUGGCCCCAAGAGCCGUUCUCCGGCGGCACGCCGCUGGGUGCGCUGUGCGGGCGGGGAGAUCUGGAUCCUAGCAAGCCUCGCGCCUACGGCUGCUAUGAUUCCAAGGCCACCACCUGGAGCCUGGCCCUGGCGCUGGAGGCUGAUGCAGUGGUGGGCCCAACGCGAGCUGGCGGCACGCCUCCCUUUUCCUGGAGCACCGCGGGCGCGCUCGCCGAGGCGGUGGAGCAUGUGGGGCAGCCCGACGUGUUUGACUAUCGCUUUGAGCGAAUGACAGCUGACCCCUCGCGAUGGCGGCCCACCAGGAUUGCUGUGGGUGCUGAGCAGUAAGGCGAUCGUUGGUGCGACGGCAGAGUGGGUUGUGGUUGGCUGGUGCUACCCAGGACAACAAACAGUUUUGAGUUUCAUACAGCAGGUCCAUCCAGCUGUCAACUGUUUCAACUUUCAUUUCAGGAAAUCUGCUUCUUUUACUCUGAUUCCUGUCUUGCCUAGACUCCAGUUUUGCACUUCUAGAUAUUCUGAAUCAUUUUUCAUUCAUUCAGUCACGGCAAAUUGACAAAAUAACAGCAGUG